AUGACGGAAUCGACCGCUUUUCAGGCACUUACUCAACACUUGGCGGAAUCAAAUUAUAUCUUUGUAUGCCCCUCGCCAGAAACUCAAGGCAGAGUAGUGCAAAAAAGACGCUCAAAUGUUUCGACAGAAGACGCGCAGACUGCAUCGGAUUUCUUUGGGUGGAAUCUAUCAUGCACGAGAGAAACACUCAAAUCCAUAAUACCCGAUGCAAUUUUCGACCAACUAUGCAAAGCCUCAGUCAUUAUCGAAGAUAAUAGCAAAACCUACCGUUCCACCAUCCGCGUGUCAAACUUCUACCUACCAGACCCUCUUAACCGCGACUCGGACACCACCUCACUUUAUUAUAUCCAUUCUUCCUUCCCCGCCUCCUCCAACUCCGUAUUCUUCGGCCCGGACACGUAUCUUUUUAUUUCGUUCCUGCAGACCCUACCGCGGCAUCUCCCGCAAGCGCCAAGCUCGGUCAUUGAUGUAUGCUGCGGAUCUGGCGCAGGAGCGAUCCACAUGGCACGAACCUACCCGCAGGCCAAAGUGCUAGGUCUAGAUCUGAAUCCCCAAGCACUGAGCCUGGGCGGUAUCAAUGCGCAACUGGCAGGAGUGAAUGUUGAUUUCUCCGAGUCAAAUCUGUAUGCUGCUUUGCCUGAGGAGAUGAAGGGAAGAGGCGUUGAUCUCAUUGUGAGUAAUCCGCCGUACAUAGCUUCUAGUGUCGACGGCAAGGAUUUGCCUAUCUAUGCAGAUGGCGGUGCAGGUUUCGGUUUGGAUAUCUCGAUUCGUAUUGUGGAAGAAGGUUUCAAGCUUUUAAGUUCGAACGGAUUCAUCGUUGUAUACACGGGUGUCGCGAUACCGACUGCCGACCCUGGACAUGACGCUUUCCUGGAAAAGCUAAAACAAGUGGAAGAUGGAGAACUUGCUGAGUAUACGAUUUUGCAUCCGGAUAUGUGGCCUGAGGAGAUUGGAAAGGGGGCGUAUGCAGAUGUGUGUAGGAUACAAAUCGUGGGCGCGGUGCUGCGGAGGACUUUGAAGAGUAAAGAAGCCAAAGCUGCGGUUCGCAAGCAAUGGGCAGUAUAA